AAACGGUGUGUAAGUGAAGAAGAAAAAUAAGGAAGAAGAAGAAGCAGCAGCAAUGGUGGAGAAGUCAGGAGGAGAAGUCAAUUUCCCAAAAUUGGAGAAACCAACAGGCAAGAAACAGACAGCGACGGUUGUUGUGGGAGUGUUGGCGGUGGGAUGGCUGGCGAUAGAGCUCGUGUUUAAGCCAUUGUUCAAGAAGCUGAGCUCCUCCAAGGACAAAUCCGAUUCCGACGAUGCCACCGUCCCUCCCCCGUCGGGCGCCUGAAUAUGGUGAGUGAGAAUUUAACAAAGCCUCUGCGGGAGACACGUGUGUUGAAGCUCAUUUUAUUAGCAAAUCUUGUGUUUCUUUUUGUAAUAUCGUUCGGACUUUUACGUACUGCUUUGAUGAUGUCCUUUUUUAAUUUAUCCCCCCUUUCAAAUAAAAUCCCGACAAGGAUAAUAAAAUCAAUGAGAGAUACGAUGUAAUUGGUUUUUAUUUUCUUGUUUGUCUUGGGUUUUGUUGGUAAUAAAUAAAUCUUGAUUAAA